GGCGGGCGGGCGCCGAGCGCGGCGCGGCGCGGCGCGGCGCAGGCGGGCGGGCCGGCAGGGGAUGCCGCUCGGGGCGCCGCGGUCCUCGUGCCAGUGAGCGCCUCGCGCCGCCGCAGCCAUGACGGUGGAGUUCGAGGAGUGUAUCAAGGACUCGCCGCGCUUCAGGGCAACUAUCGACGAGGUGGAAACGGACGUGGUUGAGAUCGAGGCCAAACUGGACAAGCUGGUGAAGCUGUGCAGCGGCGUGAUCGAGGCUGGCAAGGCCUACGUCACCACCAACAGGCUCUUCGUGAGUGGCGUCCGCGACCUGUCCCAGCAGUGCCAGGGCGACACCGUCAUCUCGGAAUGUUUGCAGAGGUUCGGAGACAGCCUGCAGGAGAUGGUCACCUACCACAUGAUCCUGUUUGACCAGGCCCAGAGGUCUGUGCGGCAGCAGCUCCACAACUUCGUCAAAGAAGACGUGCGCAAGUUCAAGGAGACUAAGAAGCAGUUCGACAGGGUCCGGGAGGACAUGGAGCUGUCCCUGGCGAGGAACGCGCAGGCCCCGAGGCACCGGCCGCAUGAGGCGGAGGAGGCCGCGGGUGCCCUGGUCCUCGCCCGGAAGUGCUUCCGCCACCUGGCGCUGGACUACGUGCUCCAGAUCAACGUUCUCCAGGCCAAGAAGAAGUUUGAGAUUUUGGAUUCUAUGCUGUCCUUCAUGCACGCCCAGUACAGCUUCUUCCAGCAGGGCUACAGCCUGCUGCACCAGCUGGACCCCUACAUGAAGAAGCUGGCGGCUGAGCUGGACCAGCUGGUGAUCGACUCGGCAGUGGAAAAGCGGGAGAUGGAGCGCAAGCACGCCGCCAUCCAGCAGCGGACGCUGCUGCAGGACUUCUCCUACGAUGAGCCCAAGGUGGAGUUUGACGUGGACGCUCCCAGUGGUGUGGUGAUGGAGGGCUACCUCUUCAAGAGAGCCAGCAACGCCUUCAAGACAUGGAACCGGCGCUGGUUCUCCAUCCAGAACAGCCAGCUGGUCUACCAGAAGAAGCUCAAGGACGUGCUGACCGUGGUGGUGGAUGACCUCCGGCUCUGCUCCGUGAAGCCCUGUGAGGACGUCGAGCGCAGGUUCUGCUUUGAGGUCGUGUCGCCCACCAAGAGCUGCAUGCUGCAGGCCGACUCGGAGAAGCUGCGGCAGGCGUGGGUUCAGGCUGUGCAAGCCAGCAUCGCGUCCGCCUACCGGGAGAGCCCCGACAGCUGCUACCGUGAGAGGCUGGACCGCACGGCGUCCCCGUCCACAAGCAGCAUCGACUCUGCCACGGACUCUCGGGAACGCAGCGUCAAGGGCGAGAGCGUGCUGCAGCGCAUGCAGCACGUGGCGGGGAACAGCCAGUGCGGCGACUGCGGGCGGCCGGACCCGCGCUGGGCCAGCAUCAACCUGGGCGUGCUGCUCUGCAUCGAGUGCUCGGGCAUCCACAGGAGCCUGGGCGUCCACUGUUCCAAGGUGCGGUCCCUGACCCUGGACUCGUGGGAACCGGAGCUGCUGAAGCUGAUGUGUGAGCUGGGAAACAGCACUGUGAACCAGAUCUACGAGGCCCAGUGCGCAGGGCCAGGCAGCAGGAAGCCCACGGCCAGCAGCCCCAGGCAGGACAAGGAGGCUUGGAUCAAGGACAAAUACGUGGAAAAGAAGUUCGUGCGGAAGCCGCCCUCGGCACCGGCCCGGGAGGCCCCACGGCGCUGGCGGGCGCAGAAGUGCCCACGCCACCACAGCUCCCCCCGUGCCCGCACCACCCGCCGCAGCAAGAUCCGGAUGGAGCCCGUCCCGCCCUCUGUGGCUGCUCUGUGCUCAGGCUCCACAGAGCCCAGGUUCCGCAGGGACUCCCUCUUCUGCCCGGAUGAGCUGGACUCCCUCUUCUCCUACUUCGACGCGGGGGCUGCUGCAGCCGGUCCACGCAGUCUGAGCAGCGACAGCGGCUUAGGGGGCAGCUCCGACGGCAGCUCGGAUGUCCUGGCCUUCGGCGUGGGCUCCGUGGUGGACCGCGUCACUGAGGAGGAGGGUGCCGAGUCGGAGGAGUCCAGCGGCGAGGCAGAUGGAGAGGCGGAGGCCUGGGGCCUGGCGGACGUGCGCGAGCUGCACCCCGGGCUACUGGCGCAUCGAGCGGCGCGCACUAGAGACCUCCCUGCACUGGCCGCGGCUCUGGCGCAAGGAGCCGAGGUCAACUGGGCUGACGCGGAGGACGAGGGCAAGACGCCGCUGGUGCAGGCCGUGCUGGGGGGUUCCUUGAUCAUCUGUGAAUUCCUCCUGCAAAACGGAGCGGAUGUGAACCAAAGAGACAGCCGGGGUCGGGCGCCCCUGCACCAUGCCACGCUCCUGGGCCGCACCGGCCAGGUCUGCCUGUUCUUGAAGCGGGGGGCGGACCAGCAUGCCUUGGACCACACGCAGCAGGACCCACUGAGCAUUGCGGUGCAGGAGGCGAAUGCAGACAUCGUCACGCUUCUCCGUCUGGCGCGCAUGGCCGAGGAGAUGCGUGAGGCCGAGGCGCCUGCUGGCCAGCCGGGGCCCCUGGCUGGCAGCAGCCCCACCGAGCUCCAGUACCGCAGGUGCAUCCAGGAGUUCAUCAGCCUCCACCUGGAUGAGAGCUAGGGUGGCAGGGCCUUGGCGGGACCCCCACCAGCCCAUUUCCUGAGAGCCCCGGAGCUCCUGGAGCCCUGCUGCCUGCUCUGCCCCCCUCGGAGCUGCCCUGACCCCCACGGCCCGGAGCAGGACCCCAGCACUGAGUCUUCUGAAGCUCCAUGUCUCCCCUGGGAGGUGCUGCAUCACCCCACCCAGGGACCCUGUGUCUUCGGGUGACCCCUCCCUAGGGGGCCUGGGUUGGCUCGUGUCACAAACCACUCUCAAGGCCCCACAUCACCUCGUGCCCCUCUCUGCUCCCCCAGGCCCGUGUCACCUCAUGCCCCUCUAUCCCUGGGGCCCAUGCUGCUUGGUGCCCCACUCUGCCCUCAGGGCCUGUGUCACCUUGUGCCCCCACUUUACUGCCCAAGAACACUGACCUGCUAGUAGGGGCCCUCCCACAUCCCCAGAACCUCUCCACUAGGCCCUGGGGCUGGUGGCUGGCCACCAGCACGUGGCGAGGGCAGAAGGGGCCGCCCAUCCAGGGAAUCAACCCGCGUACCUCACUUAGCGACCCCAGCAUCCAGGCUGGGCUUCUUGGGUGCUUGGGGGGCUCUGGCCUGGGGCCUUAGCCCUGGCUGGGUGCGGAUGUCCCGAGGCCGUGUGGCUGGCCAUGCAGGCCCUCGUGCCCCGUAGCCCCACCCAUCCCCCCCUUUUCCCACAGCGGGUGGCAGGGGUGUGGCUCUUCCCACCCCUGCAUCCGACAUCCUUUGUCACGGACUGAGAGGUUUUCUACAAUGAUCUCCUUCUCACUUUGUCUCACAUCUUUUCUCUGGACUCAAGGACCACUUUGACCCCCAGCUCUGCCUGCUGCUAGGGGAGGCGCCUGCAGCUCAGCCCUGCCCCCUCGCCAGCCUUCCCCCACCACCACCUCCGGCUAGACCCAUGGGGCCUCGGCUCACUCCCCAGGGCCCUCUGAUGCCUUCUGCAUUCCCCUUCCCAGAGCCCUGGGGCACCGGCUGGGCCUCUCCCCAACUCGGGCCCUCGGCCAGGCCAAGGCCAGUUGGUUGCUCACUAUGCAAAGACUGCCCAGGGAGGCCCCAUGGGCAGCAAGGUGGGUGCGGACUGGGCUCCCAGCUCCCUCUCCUGCUGGCUGUGACCCCUAGAGAGCAGAAUCAAUGCCUUCCUCUCUCCCUGCUUGAGCUCUGCCCCCGCCUCCCGCCCCACUGCCUGCAUCAGGGCCUUUGCUGCGGCCUCGGCUGGCUGGCGGGACCCGCCUCCGUUCCAGAUCACAGUUAAUAAACGGCCGCCUGCACCUGC